AUGCAUACGUGUCCGUUGCAUUGGAGGCAGGGUUACGCCGAGGGGUUAGCCAACACUAUUCCCAUCCUCGCUCGGCGAUACGGAAAUUUGGUCCGUGCAAAUCCUUUCAUCUCACCCGUGGAGCUCAAAAGAAUGCUCGAGGGUCACGGAAGGGUAGUGAUCCACUACUGGCAGGCUUGGCGGCUUCGAGAGUACAUCUUAAAGGAGCGAUAUGGAGAUUGGAAGGAGUCCUUUCGCCAGGUUCCGUGGCUUCUCACUCGUUUCACAGUCAUCGAUCCGGAAGUUCAAGUGCGGUUGGACACAUUAGAUCGGUGUUUCCACCGAUUCUACGUGCGUCCCUCUGCAGCACGGCAUGCGUUAAAUUAUUGCCGCCCGGUUGUUGCGCUCGACGGUACACAUCUCAUUAGUGCGCAGAAGGCUGUGCUGCUCAUCGCCGUCACCAUUGACGGGAACCAGGAGAUUUUGUUACUUGCAUGGGCCUUGGUGGAGUCGGAGAACAAGGACGCGUGGACAUGGUUUCUGAAGCUGUUCCUUGAGGGGUUCCCGGAGUGGGCGCGUAGGGACGAUGCCUCCAUCAUCAGCGAUCGCGAUAAGGGGUUGGUGCGGGCAGCAAGGGAGGUGAUGCCAAGCCACAUCCCCCAUUAUUUCUGUGCCUGGCAUCUGGAGCAGAACCUUAAGCGGUUCGGCAAAGCGGCAACAGCGUUCUUCUGGCGGUUGGUGAAGUGUCGGUCUGAAACGAAAUGGGUUGCGCUUGUCGGGGCCGCACGACGAGAUUUUCCUGACAUGGCCGCAUAUCUGUUCGGGCCUGUCCGGCAGCAGCCACAGCCACAACCCCAGCCGGCUCCUCAGGUCCCCCCUCCUGGAGCCCGGGCAACAUUUGAUGGGGCCAGGGAUUUCGUGUUCGCGGAUGCUCGCGAAGGGAGGAGGGCACAGCGAGGGCAGGAGCGUGGUGUCAACGCGGGAAAUGGUGGCGUCGACACCGCGUCCCAACCCGAAGGGAGUGGGUUCCCGGAGGGCAACACGGUAUUGGAGUCCCUUCAGGGAUACCAGACGAAGGGGAUGGCGGAGCGGCUGCUUUUGGCAUCGGCCGUGGAGGGCGAGGACGAGCUUCAUCUGGACGUGGUCGCAGAGGGAGAGGCGGUGGCGUUGCAGGGGCGGGCCUUGGCAGGGGAGGUAGAGGAGUGCCCCCCGCGGCCGAUUGCGGAGGGCAGGGGGGUGGCGGAUCAGACUUCACGGGGGUUGGUGGUGGAGUACGGGAAGUGCCGCUCGGUGGGGCCGGCGGGGAGCAGGGGGAUGCCGGCGCGGGAUGGUCCGGCAUUGCAGGUGGAGGGAGGGGAGUCCCGCUUGGUGGGGCUCCUGGAGGGCAGGGGGGUGCAAGAGCAGGAUGGUCCGGCAUUGGAGGUGGAGGGAGGGGAGUCCCGCUUGGUGGGACUCCUGGAGGGCAGGGGGGUGCAGGAGCAGGAUGGUCCGGCAUUGGAGGUGGAGGGAGGGGAGUCCCGCUUGGUGGGGCUCCUGGAGGGCAGGGGGGUGCCGGAGCAGGAUGGUCCGGCAUUGGAGGUGGAGGGAGGGGAGUCCCGCUUGGUGGGGCUCCUGGAGGGCAGGUGGGUGCCGGAGCAGGAUGGUCCGGCAUUGGAGGUGGAGGGAGGGGAGUCCCGCUUGGUGGGCCUCCUGGAGGGCAGGGGGGUGCCGGAGCAGGAUGGUCCGGCAUUGGAGGUGGAGGGAGGGGAGUCCCGCUUGGUGGGGCUCCUGGAGGGCAGGGGGGUGCCGGAGCAGGAUGGUCCGGCAUUGGAGGUGGAGGGAGGGGAGUCCCGCUUGGUGGGCCUCCUGGAGGGCAGGGGGGUGCCGGAGCAGGAUGGUCCGGCAUUGGAGGUGGAGGGAGGGGAGUCCCGCUUGGUGGGCCUCCUGGAGGGCAGAUGGGGGCCGGAGCAGGAUGGUGAUGGGAUAGGCGCUCUCACCACUGUGGGGAACCCGGGUGCACGAGCAUUUGACGUCAACACGGUCCUGCGACGUGCCCGGGAGUGGUACCGGGCAGAUGACAUUGACACGGGGAGGACCACGGGCACUCAGGGAUCAGAGAUGGGUGGGUUUACUGAGCACUUCCACCCAGCAUCGGCUCUGGCUUUGCCAUGGCCAGACUGCGGGCAGCGGGAGAACAUUCCUGUGCAAGGGCCGGACGAGCCAGCAAGUGAGGAUGAUCCGGUGCCAGUGGAUGCUAGGGAGGAUGGGGAUGAGGCGGCCGAUGAUGAGGGAGAACCCGGAAUACAUGUCCGAACCGGGUUCUAUCGUAAUAGGCGCGGAUCAUCUUAUCGCAUUGGGGGAAUCAUGCUGCUGCACUGGGCCCGUCUUUUUGCGGUGACACUGCGUUUUGGCAUCUACACAAGCAACGCCGCCGAGUCCAUCAACAGCGCUGUCCGCGGCAUCCGAAUGCUGCCACCAACAUGGCUGCUGGCAUCACUUUGGGAUUGGUCUCGCGACAAGUGGUACGAGAGGAAGGAGAAGGCGCGCUGCAGGGAUGAGUAUCUCACGGCUGCCGCAUCGAAACGACUGGACCAAAAGAAGCAGAGGUGCCAGGGGUAUUGGUUCAUCGGUGGGGACAACUCUGUUGGAACCAUCCAGACCAGGGGGGGGGAAAACGAGUUCCAGUGGCGUAGCUUCAACGUGAACCUCGAUGCCCGGACGUGCGAGUGCGGGAACUGGGAGGAGUACCAGUUCCCUUGUGCCCACGCCGUGGCAAUGUGCAUAUUGAAGCAGCGGAGUGUGGAGAUCCUUGUGUCUGAGUACUACACCGCUCGCAAUCUUCGCCAGACAUACAACCGGGAUGUGAUGGGUACCUGUGUGGACCGGCUGAUUAUGGAGGCUCCACUGGCAGAAGUGGGCGAGUGCGAUGCACCAGCGCUGAUUGAGACGAGGGUUGGGAGGCCAGAGAAUCACACCCGGUUCGAGGCACCGCCGGACGCUUAUCGGUGUGGGCGAUGCCGACAGUAUGGGCACAACCGCAAAAGGUGCAAGUACAAGUACGGUGGGUACGGUCAGGCGCAGGCUGCGGUGGGGGAGGAGGUGGAGGAGGAGGAGGAGGAGGAGGAGGAGGAGGGGGAGGAUGGAACUGCUACAGGAGAGCAUGGAGGGGGGGCACCAAGCUGCCCAUGA